CCGUCAGGCCGAGUGCCGCGGUAGCCGCGGCGGCAGCGGAGGAGCGGGGAGCCGGACCGGAAGGGUCGUAGCGCCCCGCCGCCCCUCACACCCACUGCGGCGGCGACGGGGCGGGGCUGAGCGGGGCAGCAGAACUGGGAGCCGCCAGCGUGCAGCGCUGCCUGUGCCGCUGGUCCUCUCCUCCUGGCGGGGAGCCGAGUCACUGUGUCAGAAUGUGCAGCAGAGCAACUUAGGACAGAAAGAAUUUAUCUUGGCUCACAGUUUGAGAAGGCACAGUUCAUCACGGUGGAGCUCAUGGUGGUGAAGUAUGUGGCUGGAACUCCUCACAUGUCCAUAGACCAGGAUGCAGUUUGGGCUGGAAACAUAUAGGCAGUUACCCUCAAUGCCUGUCCUCCAGAAACUCACCUUCUUCAGCCAUCCUGCCUCCGAAGGUUCCACAACCUCCCCAAACAGUGCUACUCUCUGGGACCACAUAUUCAGACAGCCUGUGGGGCACAUUUCACACUCAAACCUGACUCUGGGACUCUCAGCCUGCUGCCUAAAGCACAGGAAACCUGCUUUCUGAGCACUGGUUUAUACUCAUAUGGAUUUGACAACGCUACCACCUCUUUGGAAUACUGUAUGACACUACAUCAUGAGUGACAGCAAAUGCGAUAGUCAGUUUUACAGUGUGCAAGUGGCGGACUCAACCUUCACUGUCCUAAAACGUUACCAGCAGUUGAAACCAAUUGGCUCAGGAGCCCAAGGAAUUGUUUGUGCUGCUUUUGAUACAGUUCUUGGGAUAAAUGUUGCAGUCAAGAAACUAAGCCGUCCUUUUCAGAAUCAAACUCAUGCAAAGAGAGCAUACCGUGAACUCGUCCUCUUAAAAUGUGUCAAUCAUAAAAAUAUAAUUAGCUUGUUAAAUGUGUUCACACCACAAAAAACUCUAGAAGAAUUUCAAGAUGUGUACUUGGUUAUGGAAUUAAUGGAUGCUAACUUGUGUCAGGUUAUUCAUAUGGAGUUGGACCAUGAGAGAAUGUCCUACCUGCUUUACCAGAUGCUCUGUGGUAUUAAGCAUCUGCAUUCAGCUGGCAUCAUUCAUAGAGAUUUGAAGCCUAGCAACAUUGUAGUAAAAUCAGACUGUACCCUUAAGAUCCUUGACUUUGGCCUGGCCCGGACAGCCUGCACCAACUUUAUGAUGACCCCCUACGUGGUAACUCGCUAUUAUCGGGCUCCAGAAGUCAUCCUGGGCAUGGGCUACAAGGAAAAUGUUGAUAUCUGGUCAGUGGGUUGCAUCAUGGGAGAGCUGGUGAAAGGUUGUGUGAUAUUCCAAGGCACUGACCAUAUUGAUCAGUGGAAUAAAGUUAUUGAGCAGCUGGGAACACCAUCAGCAGAGUUCAUGAAAAAACUUCAGCCAACUGUGAGAAACUAUGUAGAAAACAGACCAAAGUAUCCUGGAAUCAAAUUUGAAGAACUCUUUCCAGAUUGGAUAUUUCCAUCAGAAUCUGAGCGAGACAAAAUAAAAACAAGUCAAGCCAGAGAUCUAUUAUCAAAAAUGUUAGUGAUUGAUCCUGACAAGCGAAUCUCUGUGGAUGAAGCCUUGCGUCACCCGUAUAUCACUGUUUGGUAUGACCCCGCAGAAGCAGAAGCGCCACCACCUCAGAUUUACGAUGCCCAGUUGGAAGAAAGGGAGCAUGCGAUUGAAGAGUGGAAAGAGCUAAUUUACAAAGAAGUAAUGGACUGGGAAGAAAGAAGCAAGAACGGUGUUGUGAAAGAUCAGCCUUCAGAUGCAGCAGUAAGUAGCAGUGCCGCUCCUUCUCAGUCAUCAUCUAUCAAUGACAUUUCAUCCAUGUCCACUGAGCAGACACUGGCCUCAGACACAGACAGCAGUCUCGAUGCCUCAACAGGACCCCUUGAAGGUUGUCGAUGAUAUGUUGGAAACAGCACACUUGUCUGUGAAGGAACUCUCGCUUCCAUGGCCCUGACAUGCGUGAGAGUUGAUGGAACCAAAUAGAAAAACUCCAUGUUCUGCAUGUAAGAAACAUGAUGCCUUGCCUCUACUCAGUUCUAAUAGGAUUGCCUGCUUAGAUCAUAAAAUGAAGCAGAUUACGUCUGAAGAAAAAAGUACAAGCCACACUGUUAGAGAUUUUGUUCAAGGUCAUUUCAGGUGAGCAAUUAGAAUAGAUGAAUUUCUUUUACACAUUGUGUGGUAUUGUGGUGACAGUGUCUUAUCUGUAACCACUGGGACUUAUAUGCAUGUGGCCACAAAUGCUUGCUUGAACUUGUACAUCUAGCAAUCUGGGAAUCAGUAUUUCAAUUCCAAAUAAUCUAGGUAGUUCUGCUUCUAGAAUAAUCUCUUAAUUAUCUUUAGUAAUUUGGUAUCUGUCCAGAAAAAAAAUAGAUUCAUGUAUAUUAAUUGGCUGCCCUCAUAUUUAAUAAAUAAAAAUAUAGCUUUUCUUAAAUUUUCAAUGUUUUGGGCUGAGAAUUACCACUGCUAGAACCAAGUCAUUAUUGCCUGUGUCCUCCAGACUGCCCAGUGCAGAAGGCUGCAUUCAGCUUCUGCAUGACACAGUUUCCCGCUUCAUUUCGUGCUGCUUAAGACCCAUAUAACCAAAAUCCUGCCCAUGUAGCUCCUUUUUCUUAGUCUGCUAGACUACUAGUCUGGAACAUUCCCUAGAGCCUCACCUUCUCUAUCAGACAUAUAGCACUCCAUCUCAUGAAAUGCUGGCAGGUAGACCUCUGAAUCCGCUGGCGAGUGUUCAGGUAGAAGACAGCGUCCCUCAAGGUCAGUCAUGGCCCAGAUGCUUCCUUCCUGGAGUGGCCUGGGUCCUUGGCUCACCUCCAUUCAAGGGGAAAGACCAGUCAGUCUCGCAGGCAGGCUUUCCUUGUACAGCACCGCAUUCCAACUCCCUUGACUUUCUCACUGAAAGAAGCCACACCAGCCAGCCCACCACAGUCUGUUGGGAGGCCAGGCUCACGAUGCCGUCUUGCUGCUGUGCUUUUCCAUUUUAUGGAGGCAUUUCCUUCCCUAAGGGAAAGUCAUGAAUGUUUUGGAAAAACUCUUCAGAGAUACAGAGGAAAUACCCUGGAGAGUAGUGAUCUACUCUGAAAUAUUUUCUCAUUUAAAAGUGCUCACCUGAAAUUGAUACUUUCAGACUUCCUGAUAUGUAAAAGUGUUCACGAUGUAUUAAGAUACUGAGUACUUCCAUGUCACUGCAGAAAUGGAGUUAGGAUGCUCAUGUUUUGGUUGCUUGUGCUCAGAGUGUGUUUCCCUUGAGCUUACUUUGUUACCAGUUCAUAUCUUGUGUUCAAUUAUUUUGGAAGCUAUUUGGUCAACAUUCUGUAAAACGUGUUCUGGAAGGAAUUUUGAUAAGAACAUUUACAAGGAGUAUCUGAAAUGUAUGAUUCUGUCUGCACCAGUUGUAUCCUAGUGGUCGGUCUUGUCAGUGGAAAUCAGAACCUUUGAUGAACAAAAUUCAUCUUGAAAUAAGGAAUAGUUUUAUAUUAUGUAUGUGGACACUUUCAAGUACAAAGUAGAGAUGCUAAUAUGGACAAGGCAGAAUGCCUGUUCAUGGCUCAAGAUGAUUUGGGCCCUGGAGGCCUGAUGUUACAGUUAUGAAAAUUACCACCAUACAUGUAUAAACAUCUUCCAAUGGCCUUCUCUGAUGCACAUUCUUUUAAAACACUUCCCUAAAACCAUCUUUAAGAGGAAAAUCAGAGAAAGGGGAGCUUUUCAAGCUGUACCGUCUGCCCUGUGCUGUAAAGGGAGCAUGCAAUGGUGAGGCUGGUCCAGGUCCCACGGACAGACACCUACCUGUGAGUGGAGCAGUGCCCUACAGAGUGGCUUUCUGCACGCCCCUUCCUCUAUGCCUCCAGUGAGCUUGUUGCCACAGAUGGAGCCCAUGCUGGUGUGGAGGGUCUCCUGGUAAGACCCUCUUUUGCCAGGUAGGCAAGUGUACCUAGAACUGGCCAUAGCGCCGAAGAAAUACCUCACCGCAGGUUCAGGGUCCUCCCUCCUGAGCCUAGAUCUGCCAGGGUCCUGGUGCAAUGCAAAUGGUUUCGAACAGAUUUCUGUAGACAAAUGUUGAUGUUGGAUAAAGAACUGAAAAAUGUGCUCAACUUUUUCAUCUUUUCUAUUUUAUUUUUGUAAUUUAUAUUGUACACACCCUGGAAGUCACUAUUUUGGACAUGUAUUUUUAUAAACCAGGUAAUUGGUGAUUAUCUGGAAUUUGCACUAGGUCAGUUUUUUGUUGUUGUUGGCUUAGUUUUUAGUUGAAAGGGAAUGGCUGCCCCCUCUAUGUGUGGGUCUCAAUUUCAAGCACAGGUCUGGAGGGUAGACAGAGUCCAGGCUGGGAGAGCAGUCUCAGAACACUGGCUCAUAGUGCCUAGAAGUCUUGGGUCUGCAGUCAGACGGGGCUGUACUCUUAUAUCAGAGCCCCAGCGCUAGAAGGAGAAAACCCUCUACAAGGCUCUUGCUGACACUGGGGCCUGCAU